AUGACUGUCAAAAUAUGCAAUGACAGCCGCUCACGAAGUACAAAGAAUCCGACCAUCUAUACAAACGCUAUUUUACCGCAAUAUAUGACCAGCUGUCUUGCAACCAUGGACAUUUUUCUUCAACAACCGUACCCGGUAUUAUCAUCCAUGGUGAUACCCGAGAAAUCCAUGAAUAACAGCGAUAAAGUUGACUUUGACCAAAUCAUUUGCAACAUUCUUGGUUAUGAAAAAGUCCAUCCCGAUGACAACUUCGAAAAGUUGGUGAGAGAAGUUGUCGUGAGUGGUUUCAAAAGAGAGGCCAAUCUGACGUUGGCUGGAAAACAAAUUGACUCCUCGGGAAAGGUUUAUCUCUUAUUAAAAAAACGAAGGGAAGGAAGAGAACCGAUCGUCGUAUAUAUCACAGAAAAAGAUUUCUCAUGGUUGGAGAAUGCAAAAGCAAUACUAAGAAACUUUGACAGCAACAGUCAAGAAGUACUUUUUGUAUCCCAAGACGAAGAAUCACCUGGUCUGAUUGGAUUUAUAAACUCCAUCCGACACGAGACUACAAACGUGCGUUACGUCUUCAUUCAAGACAGUAACGCUCCCAAGUUCGAUUUAUCCGCAGAGUUUUACGUGGAACAAUUGGAUAAAGAAUUAUCGGCGAAUGUAUUAAAGGGAGGUCAGUGGGGCAGCUAUCGGCAUUUGCAAUUAAAUUGCCGUAGCGACGUGCAAGUGGAGCACGCUUAUGUGAAUACACUGAAGACAGGAGAUUUAAGUAGCUUGAAGUGGAUUCAAAGCCCAUUAAUGUACUGUCAGACCAAAUAUACAAAUACACUCUGCAGUGUGUACUACGCAUCUUUAAAUUUCAAGGAUGUUAUGCUAGCGACCGGUAAACUAUCAACAAACACCGUCUCAUUAUCAGGGAUGGAGAAGUAUUUAUUAGGACUUGAAUUCUCCGGAAGAGACGCGAACGGUAAUAGAGUUAUGGGUAUAGUUAAGACAAUGGGAUUGGCGACCACCGUGCUGCCGGAUCUUCUCUGGAAAGUACCCGACAAAUGGACAUUGGAAGAGGCGGCAACAAUACCGGUCGUUUACGCGACCAGUUACUACGCUUUAUUUGUACGAGGUCAAUUGAAAUCGAGCGAGAGCGUGUUGAUUCACUCCGGUGCGAGCGAUGUCGGUCAAGCGGCAAUCGCCAUCGCGCUGCAUGCCGGCUGCACAGUCUUUACUACUGUUGGCACGCUGGAAAAGCGGCUGUACCUCAAGAAAACAUUUCCGCAAUUGAUUGACAAGAACAUCGGUAAUUCCCGAGAUACGAGUUUCGAACAAUUGAUCCUUAACGAGACCCAGGGACGUGGAGUCGAUGUGGUGCUAAACUCGCUUGCAGAAGAGAAACUGCAUGCCAGCAUACAAUGCCUCGCGACUAACGGUCGAUUUCUCGAGACCGGGAAAUACAACAUAUUAAAUGGCAACCGCAUAGAUAUGUCGAUAUUUUUAAAGAACAUCGCUUUCCACGGUAUACAGCUGGAAAUGCUGUUCGAGGAUUGCGUGGAUAAGCGAGAAACGAUUAGAUUUGUUACGGAGGGAAUCAAGAAUGGUGUGGUGCGUCCGUUACCGACAAAGGUAUUUCGGGAGGAAUAUCUCGAACAGGGAUUCCAAUUUAUGGCGACGGGAAAACACAUCGGCAAGAUAUUGCUGAAGAUACGAGACGAGGAAUUGCAGAAGAAUGUGCUGCCGAUGCCAAAGACAGUGGCGGCCAUACCGCGUACUUACAUGAAUCCGGAGAAAUCAUACGUGCUGAUCGGCGGUCUUGGUGGAUUUGGUCUAGAAUUGGCUAAUUGGAUGAUUGAUCGCGGCGCAAGAUUCAUCAUUCUCGUGUCCCGUACCGGCAUACGCACCGGUUACCAGGCAUUCCGCGUGCAACAUUGGCGCGACAGGGGAAUCAAAAUUAUUAUCUCUACGGCAGACAUCACGACGUUAUCAGAUGCCGAACGUUUGAUCAAUGAGAGCAACCAGUUGGCUCCGGUAGGCGGUAUAUUUAAUCUGGCAGCUGUGCUACGCGACGGUUUGCUUGAGAAUCUGCAGAUAGCCGACUUCGAAAUGGUAACCUUGCCAAAAGUCAACGGGACAAGAAAUCUGGAUGCGACGUCAAGAAAGUCCUGUCCGUUACUGGAUCACUUUGUUGUGUUUUCGUCCUUAUCGUGUGGUCGUGGCAAUCCGGGUCAAUCCAAUUACUGUCUUGCGAAUUCAGCUAUGGAGAGAAUGAUGGAGCAGAGACGUGCCGCUAGUUUGCCCAGUCUUGCUAUUCAAUGGGGUACUAUCAGAGAUGUCGGCUUAUAUGAAGGUGAGAUUUACGCCUUUACUUCUUUUUAUGAAAUUCAGUGAUUCUCGAUCUUUUUUCAUGAAUCUCAUUGCCCUUUUUGGUUACUAGCACAACACAUCGCGCGCUUCGCGCGCGCUAUUUAUUCUUUUUCAUUAAACAUUUUUAACGAUAUAUACACAAAAUAAUGACUGUCAAAAUAUGCAAUGACAGCCGCUCACGAAGUAAGCGCAAUGACAGAACCAAUCAGCAUCGCGGAAAAGCGACAACGAUACACUUCGAGACUUUCGAGUAUCGACUUUACAUGCCUUUUUUAGAUAGGAUAAUCAUAUAGAAUAUUAUAAUGAAGUUUCUGCAUUUUGCAUUACUUCUCUUCAUGGAGACUUGACUUUUCAAUUUCUUCGCGCUUAUUAGUCAAUGCUGAUAAAAGCGGAGCAGCUAUAAUUUCGCGCUUUCUUCUACCGUUCCCUAAAAACUCCGGUGCAGUUGUUGUUGUUGUCGUUGUAGUCAUCCUUCUCCUACGGUUUCCUUCAUAUCUUCUGCGCCAAUGGAAUUGUUC